AUGCAGCGUCCAUUACAUGCUCGAGUUCGUAGACCAAACCCUAACCCUCCACCUCCAGAUGACCAUGCAUAUGUUCCAACGUAUGGCUCUGUCCCAGCUGGGACCUGGACUGCAGAAUAUCCCACCUACCCUGCAUACUACCCGAUGCACCAUGCCCCUGAUUCCUCCUCCCCUCGUGAAGACAUAUUCCCUACUACUGCUACCCUAAGAGAAAAGGAGCAAGUCGUUCUACCUCAGCCCACCCAAGUCAAGUCGCGCAAGCAGUCUACCUCCAAUGCCGAACCACGGGAGAAACACAAGUCUAGGCCGGUCUACGAUGGCCCUGUUACCUAUGGUACUCCGCCGGUUUCAGCCCCUCCCCGCCAUAAGCGCAGGAAUUCAGAACCAGCUAGACACAGAGCUGAAGGGAAUUCCCGACCAACUCCCAAAUAUCCCGAUUCCUCCACUUCAGAUCACGCCUUCGUUUCUUUAUCAUCAUCGCAUACUUUGAAGAUACUCCAUCUGCACCGUAACAUAUCGGAUAACGCAUUUCGGGAGGGAUUCCUCCAAGCAUGGCCGGAAGGCAUCGAAAAUGAGUUGCGAGCAGGUUCGAGCUGGAUCAUAAGAUUCAAAGGCCAUCCAUGGUCUGCUAAUGGUGAACCUGGCUUUUAUGGGCGUCGGCUCAUGUGUCGUGUCUUUGAAUUGUUGGGAAACGGGGGCUACAGCUACGUUUCCACCACAAAUUCAUCAGACUGCAGUCAUAGGGCAACACAUAUCUUUGCCCUCACGCCGACCUUCUUCACUUCACAAUACUUCACCAUGUCAUUCUCCCGCCGGCGACAAGAGUUAUACACAAUAGAUGCACCUGGACACAUAGUGACCACCACCGUUGCUACCGUGCGGAAGAUGUUCAGCAAAUCCACCGAAGCUAGAUUAGUUGCAGACGGUGUUUAUGGCAUCAAACUUUCCGCUGGAGGCGCACCUAUCCGCUCUGAGGACAUUCCGCCAAGAUUAGCACCGAUGUUACAGGCGGUUAGCGCCCAAGGCUUCCGUUUAGAGGCAACCAUUCAGAUGGCUCGAGAGGGGUUUUUCGGAUUUUUAGGCCGAACAGACGUGUGGAUCUUUCGUAGCAAUGUUCCUUUGCAGAUGUAG